AACUAAUAAAAUGUAAGCCUUUCAAAUAAAGUUCUACUACUUUGAACCUGAAAAACCAACAUGGCGGCGCGCGUGUUAGCAAGAAACUUUGCGAGAUAUUUUAAAGAGGAAUCGUUUUCUGUACGGAAUUUUAAGAUAGUCACUGGUUGUUGGAUGUGUGAGAAACCCCAGUCCACUAGCCCAGACUACACCACACCCCUCGGACCUGUCGCUCACUACGAUGGCCUGGUGAAAUCUGGCUUGCUUGUUGAAGAUAGUCUACAGAAAGCUGCACUUUGCCAGCUUGAAAAGUUGUGUGGAGAAAUGGCAAGAUAUUCCAACCUCCCUCUCUGUCUUCCAAAGGCCACAGAGAGAAAAACAGAUGGUAGGUUAACAGGAGAAGUGUCCAAAAUCUUCAAGAUGGAGGAAAGAGUAGAGGAUGUGGGAUGUGGUGCUUGGAGGACAGAAGAACAGGAAGUUGAGGAACGUGAGACUGAAAAGGAUCGUGUGAAGCAGCCUCUUCCUCGUGGAUUCUACAUUCAUGGUGGUGUUGGCACUGGAAAAACUAUGCUGAUGGACAUGUUUUACUCCCACGUCAAAACUCAGAGGAAAAAAAGACUCCAUUUCGAUGCCUUUAUGUUGGACGUACACAGAAAGAUUCACCGGAUGAAGCGAAUUCUGCCGAAACAACGCUCGGGCGAACCGACAAUAACGCAUGACCCCGUCUUCAGCGUUGCCAUGGAGAUGGGGGCAGAUACCUGCCUCUUAUGCCUGGAUGAGUUUCAGGUGACUGACGUUGCCAGUGCCAUGAUUCUGAAGCAGCUUUUUGAGGGCUUGUUUACAUGCGGUGUGGUCCUGGUGACCACCUCCAACCGACCACCAGAAGAACUCUACAAAAACGGUCUUCACAGGCCUGCGUUUGUGCCUUUCAUUGAUGUCCUCAAGGAGCAUUGCUGCGUGUUGAGAUUGGACACCGGACUCGAUUACCGCCAAAGGCACAUGGAACCCGCGGGAAGACUUUAUUACAUAUCGAGCGAACCUGACGCUGAAGCUGCCGUGGACUCUCUGAUCCGAGAGUUGGCUUCGGGACAAAACCGUGUACCCAGGCCGAGAACGCUGAUCGUACAGGGCAGAGAGUUAACGCUGAAAUGGACCUGUGGGACCAUUGCUGAUUGCACCUUCCAAGAACUCUGUGAGCAUGCAUUAGGAGCAAGCGAUUAUCUGGAGAUCGCUCGGCAUUUCCGUACGGUCGUUAUUCGUAACGUGCCUCGGCUGAAGGUUGAAUUAAAGGACCAAGCCAGGCGCUUUAUUACACUCAUCGACAUCUUCUAUGACCAAAAGUAUUCGGACACCUGUCUUCUCCAAUCUGAAGAUCUAAACCUGUUCCAGUAUGUGCACAAAGCCAGCUCCAUGAAGAUAAAGGACUGAUUAGACCAAGAUGGAGAUCCACCAGAAUCUUCCUGAGACUGUUAGGACGCCAUCUUCCCAGCAGAUUAAGCUGGACCUGAAUACGUUCAGGAAACAAGACACUUGGGAGCUCUUGAGUGUUGUAUCUGCUAUUUCACUCCUUAAGAAAUACCAUUGGGAUACCAAGUCAGGCCUCCUCACUUUACCAACAUCAGAACCUGAUUUUCCUAACACAAUUCUUCACAAAAUCUAGAGGAACUUCUUCCCUGAAGAACAGAGGAAAAAGAAGCAUCUCGCAACCUUACAGUCAGGUGUCCUCAAACUUUUGGCCCAAAAAUGUCUUACUGUAUCUG